CAAAUUCUGGAACUGGAGAGGAGAAGCGAAAUAGAAGGGUAUGGAUAUAGAAACCGACGAAGCAGAGUUGGGGUUGGUGGAGAAGGCGCGUAGACUUCUGCGGCAUCGAGGAAACAGUCGGAGUUUCGUCUUCCCAUCAUAUUAUUAUUCAGUUGCAGAGGUUUUGCAGACUUGAGGGAAGAUACGCACCAAAUAUCCGGAAAUGGAGAAGGAGGAUCCCUAGACGGCAACCGACCACAUUCAGGAGCGACGACCACCGGAAACUA